CAUUCAAUCAGAGGAUUUCGUUUCGUAGUUCGUCGUAGAUGUGUUUCGUUUUGUGAUUUUGCAUUUUUAACUAAUAUUUAUGUUUAAAUUUAACGCUUUGACACAAUGAUUUCUUUUUUCGUUAGAAAAAGCAUCCGUAUGAGCAAACGUAAUAAGUUCUUGAACACUUUGUGAUCUACAAGCAAUAGUAGUGAUAUUUUCCCACAUAAUUAUGGUUAACUGACGUUAGUCUGUGCAUCCUCAAUUAUGGCAGACCCAGGUUAUUACCACAGUGAUUAUAUUCGGCACCCCGUUCUCUACGAACUGGGCGUCAAGUAUGGAAUUAAGACGGAAUGUAUUCCAGAAAUAGCUUUGCCCUCUAAACUGGAAGAACUCAAGGAUGUGAUACGUAGAGAGAUACGUAAAGAACUCAAAAUAAAGGAAGGUGCUGAGAAACUACGCGAAGUCGCCACGGACCGCAGAUCCCUCUCGGACGUCGCUAACAUCGUAAAAAAAGCGAAUCUGAAGCUCAAUGAACUUAAGUCAGACCUACAAGAGCUCGAAUCGCAGCUCCUCCUCUCGCGCGGUCAGUCAACGCCGACGUCACCCGAAGACCUAUCGUACGAUGAAGAGAUCAUUCUGGCGUCGGAGGCGGCUCAACAGCAACGACAACUUGGCGAGGCCACCACCGAUCGCAAACUCGCCUCUCUGGAAAAGCAGCUCAAUAUCGAACUCAAAGUUAAGCAAGGCGCGGAAAAUAUGAUUCAAAGUAUCACCAGUAGCAACCAGUCGCGCGACAAGAAACUCCUCGCUGAAGCUCAUCAGAUGCUAGCAGAUUCUAAGGACAAAAUUGAGUACCUCAAAUUACGCAUUUCUAAAUUAAGCAAACAACAAAAAGGGGACCAUGCUGGUGCCAAUGGUGAUGGAAGAAACUUAGAUAUGAGUGGGGUAGACCAAUUGUUGGAUGAAAGAAUUGCAGAGUUAAGAAACAGGCUCCGAAUUGAGGCAGCUGUAGUAGAGGGCUCCAAGAAUGCCAUUAGACUCUUACAGAGUGACAAAAAAGUUACAGAUAAGAAAGCUUUACAUGAGGCACAGACUAGCUUGCUCGAAUCCUCUCAGAAACUGGACUUGCUUCGAAGAUCUUUAGAUAUGCGCCGCCAAGAACUUCCAGCAGAAAGUGCUGCAUUUAUAGAAUUAGGUCAUGAGUUGCGCAGUACAGGAUCUAGCCCUGGUUAUGUAAGUUUAUCAUCUGGUAGUGGAUCACGGGCCCAGUUUCUGUCACCUGCUCCUAUGAUCAGCCCCUGUGUUCAAGUGACCGGUACACUAGAAGUCCGGUUGAUGGGUUGCCAGGAUUUAUUAGAUGAUGUGCCAGGGCGCAGCCGUCGUGACCCACUAGCAAGCCCGUCAGACCUAAAGUCGUUUGUGAAAGGAGUUACGAUACGUAACUCAAUGAAGUACACAUACAGUAUCAAGGAGGACACCAGCAAUGAGAUUAUGGCUGUGAUGAAGCUGGACAACCAUACAGUGGCGCAGACUAGCUGGAGGCCCUGCUCCCAGCAAGCUUGGGAUCAAAGAUUUACUAUAAAGCUGGAUAAGUCAAGAGAACUCGAAAUUGGUAUUCAUUGGAAGGAUUGGCGUGGGCUGUGCGCUGUGAAGUUUUUACGACUAGAGGAAUUCAUUGAUGACAUCAGGCAUGGCAUGGCCUUGGAGCUGGAACCCCAAGGUCUAUUAUUUGCUGAAAUUAAAUUCUUGAACCCCAUUAUAUCCAGAAAACCAAAACUCCAGCGUCAAAGAAAAAUAUUUAAACAACAGGGUAAAAACAUCCCAAGACCUUCAUAUGGGGAAAUGCAUAUACCUGCGGUUGUACUUGGCAGGCUCUUAAAGAGAUCUUCACCCUCAAUACAAAACAAUAUCCAAACAGCCCACAUUACUCCUCCGCAGCAGCUCAACUUCCAAUUUGGAUCAGCAGACAACAAAGAUGUGGAGAACCCAAAUACUACUCUUGGUGGUAUGGCUGGUGUCCGACCAUUGGGUCUCCCUACUGCAGCCACUGCCCCACAAACACCAGUAACUCCUCCACCCAAGCCAGCAUUCCCACCUCCGCAUGUCUCCACCUUACGAAUGGAAAAGGAACUCCAGGAAGCAUUUGCAUUUUUAGAAGAUUCUUAUGCGCGGGAUAAUUUUGCACCAAAGGAACCGCAAACACCCUCGUGUGAUACCCCGCUUGUUGAGUAUCCACCUUCACCAUCACCUAAACUUGUUCUGGAGUUCCCAAGCAAUGAGGAUCAAAUUGUGGAAGUGACAAGUAACAUGAGAAUAUCAUCUUCUCGCUCCUCUUCAGUUAUAGAAACCAUUAAGGAGCUGGAUUCUCGCCGCCAAUCCUCAGGAGAGAUGUCAAUGGAAUGCUUUAGAUUGUUGAGUGUUUUAGGAAGAGGUCAUUUCGGCAAGGUUAUAUUAGCGCAAUAUCGACCUACUAAUGAAUAUUUCGCAAUUAAAGCUUUAAAGAAAGGUGAUAUUAUAGCAAGAGACGAAGUGGAUUCAUUGUUGUCCGAGAAAAGAAUUUUCGAGGUAGCUAACGCCAUCAGGCACCCAUUUUUGGUGAACCUGUUCGCAUGUUUCCAGACUGAACAACAUGUGUGUUUCGUGAUGGAGUAUGCAGCUGGUGGUGAUCUUAUGAUGCACAUUCACGCAGAUGUGUUUACUGAACCCAGGGCAGUAUUUUAUGCAGCUUGUGUUGUAUUGGGCCUACAGUAUUUACAUGAGAAUAACAUUAUUUAUAGAGAUUUAAAGUUAGACAACCUUCUUCUAGAUACCGAUGGGUUCGUCAAGAUUGCAGACUUUGGUCUGUGCAAAGAGGGUAUGGGAUGGGGUGACCGCACGGGCACUUUUUGCGGGACACCCGAGUUCCUCGCUCCUGAAGUGCUAACCGAGACCUCGUACACGCGGGCCGUUGACUGGUGGGGUCUCGGAGUAUUGAUCUUUGAAAUGUUAGUGGGCGAGUCGCCUUUCCCGGGCGAGGAUGAAGGCGAAGUAUUUGACUCAAUAGUUAACGACGAAGUGCGCUACCCGAGGACUUUAUCAUUGGAAGCGAUAGCAUUAAUGCGUCGCCUGUUGAGGAAAAACCCCGAGAGACGCUUGGGAUCGUCGGAGAGAGACGCAGAGGACGUGAAGAGGCAGGCCUUCUUCCGCAACGUGAACUGGGAACAACUACUUCUUCGUAAAGUGAAGCCACCAUUUGUGCCAACUAUUAAUAAUUUGGAGGACGUGAGCAACUUCGACAGCGAGUUCACGUCGGAGGCGGCGGUGCUGACGCCGCCGAAGGAGCCGCGCGCGCUGAGCGCCACGGACCACAAGCUGUUCCAUGACUUCACGUACAUGGCGGACUGGUGCUAGCCGGCGCGGCGCCGCAGCUACAUACAGCUACAAAUAUUAAGAUAUUAGUUGUAAUUUCAAAACUACAAACAAUAAACCCCCAUUGCCUUACAAGUGUGUAACAUUUCUGUAUUUUGAUAAUAACUCUGUUAUCUCUGCAGUUGAGUGUGUAGAUUGUCUUGUUAACUUGUAUUUAGUGCGGUUAAAAUGCAAUAUUUUAUAAUGAAAUAUGUAAUUUAAAUCAUAAGUUUAAAAAUGCGAUAAUGUUUAUUUUUUUUAAAACAUCGUCUAAUAGAUUUAUUAUAUAUAAAAUGUAGUUAUGAAUUUAAAUAACUUAGAAAUAACAAUAAUAUAAGGGAAGGAGUGUCAAAUCAUCACUAUUAAGUUCUCAGUCAGUUGUUUACUUACAUCAUCAGUGAAAUAAAGGCAUCAUCAGUAAAAA